AUGAUCACCAGUCCUGCCGCGUCCGGCCCCUCUUCGCUCUCAAAGAUAUCUGCGACUCAGAUUCUCCUGCUUCUUGAUACCAUCAGCGAAAGAGAGGGAAAGCAGAAGUGGGAGGCCAAGAGGGAGAAGAUUCAGCGACUGCUUGACUCCAACGGCAUGGAGGUCUUUUCCCAGUUCCUCCGGCGCGCUAUCUCCCUCAACAAUGCCGCCAUUUUCCAGGGAGCCAAAGAUCAUGACCAAGGAAGCUACAGACUGCUACACGAACAGUUGGACCAAGUCGCCUCAGAUCCAGAACAACCUGCGAAGAUUGCUGAGGCCAUUGACACGUCCAAAGAGGACUCCUUCCGCGAUUUUGAUCUAGUGGGCUUCAUCCAACACUUCUUCCCUUCUGACACCCUAUCUCAAGUCAUCCUCGCCGUCGCCUUCACAAAAUGCGCUCGCGUCGACCUAAGAGCAAAGGCCGAGAGCUUCUUGACAAACUUCGCCCAAUCCUCCCUGCGGACUCUGUCAGAAGGCCGUGGCGCCAGUUCACCUUCCUUUGCUGCUGAAAAUAUCUGCUCGGUAGUCGAGUACUUUUCGUUGGCCGCCGCUUCAAUAACCACCCAAGAUCAAAAGGACGACCUUUGGCGAGCCAUCACACCUCGAUACACAGGGACUAAGCCCGAACUAUUAUAUGGUGCCUAUAUGGUCACGCGCCUCCCGUCCGAGAAUCGAGACAUUGCACGUGGCCUGCUACGGCAUGGCCCCAAAGCACUCGCAUCCGAACAAGCUGCUCGAGAUUUUCUGGCAUCCUUGCCUGCGUCCGCCAUCACCGAACCCCAGGCGGCCAAUGCGAUCCUAUUCCUGAUCCUUACCGUCAAUCAACAAUACGAGUUAUUGAAUCUGGUGGAUGCUUUCCGGGUGAGACAGCUGGACUGGAACCUGGUCAUCCAAGGAUUCGACAUUCCGGGUCUUCGGUUGCGGAGGACAGAGUUCCCGAGACUGUAUGGGACUCUACUGCACGUGGCGCAGGAAGAUACACACCUGGACCUCCAGAGACUCUGGGGAGGAACCUGGCAAAAUCCAGCUACACAGAUUUCACUUCUCGCUGGUUUCCUCGCUGCUCCAACAACAGUGGUGCGGGUUGCGCGAAUACCGCAUUUGCGUUCGACUCUGCCUCAAGAUGAUUUGAAGAAGCUGUCUCCCGAAGUCGUGAAUUUGAUCACCGCGGAGUUGGACACCCCGUACGCCUCGGCCGAUGCUUGUCAGGCCAUCUUUGAGGUUGUCCUCGGUCCAGCAACCGGGCCAGAUGGAGAAGAUGCAAUGGACAUAUUGCAAGACGUCUAUCAAAGUCACGCGGCCAUCUUCCUGCUGUUCCUUUCACGCACCAAUGCCAAACCGUGGGCCAGUGACCAAGAGAAAUUCAUCGCGGAAUGCUUCAGCCUUUUCCUUGAGAAACAACGCCCCGACUAUCGGCCGGUCCUCCAGGCUCUCGCGACACAGAAUCCUCAGUACCUCUUCGAACUUUGCCAUUUAGUCUUUCAGAACGAUCCUCGCCAGACAGAAGUCAUCUAUGAGCGCGCCGAGGAGUUUGGGUGGACUGAGGAAUUUCUCAAGCAUUGGACCAACCCCUUGGCACUCGAUAUCGCUUGUAUGCGCGAUAGACUGCGACAGGACUUCGACCUAGAACGAUAUCUUGCAGAAGCCGCUGAGGGGCAAACGAGCCUGGGGUUGAUCCUCGCCAAGUACCUCCGGAUCAAGGCAGACGACGAAUUCAGGGUUCAGCGUGGUGGAGCACCGCCACAAUCGAUCCCACUCACUCUCCGAAACGUACAUACUCUCCUGGAAAAGGUCGAAGACAAUCUGGAUGAUCGUGACGCCGUUGAAAGCGCUCAGACCACAUGCUUACAGACUUAUCCACGGUUAAUGAACUAUGGGGCAGGUUUUGAUGACAUAUUGGAAAGGAGCAGUGAAGAAAAGGGCAAUAAGCUUUCCGAAGUUAUCGAUAAACAGAUGUCCGAGCUGUUUGGCCGCAUGUAUCGAGGAGAGCUAUCCAUUCGCGACAUGGUCAACGAGAUGCGCAAGUUCAAAACUUCGGCUGACCCACAACAGCAGGAUCUCUUCUGCUGCAUUGUUCACGGGCUGUUUGACGAAUACGUCUGCUACAGCGAAUAUCCGGAGGAUGCUCUGGAGAAAACAGCGCUCCUCUUUGGCAACAUCAUCAAGUACAAUCUCCUCCCGUCAAUUCCCCGAGAUUUCGGACUUGCUCUUAUCCUUCGCGCUGUCCGCGACCAUGAACCGGACACACUCAUGCACCGCUUCGGCAUAGAAGCAUUACUGCAGAUUAGCGAUCAGCUUUCGGAAUGGCCUGGCCUGUGCAGUCUUCUUCUGCAAGAACCUUCACUUCAUCAACACGCGGAACUUAUGCAGCGAGCCGAGGAGGGCCUCCGUGCUCAACAGGCGGCUGGUAAUGGCAAUGGCCACGGCUUCGGCGCUAACGGCAUUGGGAGCGGCCACACAGCGAACGGAGCCGCUGAUGUUGUCACUCAAGAUACUGGUCGUGGUUUCCGAGCCUUACACGCUGACCCUCCUGAUCCUUCUGCCCAUUUUCGCGAGCCCGACCAGAAAGUCCAAGAGAAGAUUCUGUUCGUCAUCAAUAAUCUCUCCAAGGACAAUAUGGCCAGCAAAUUGGUGGACUUGAAGGAAUCUUUUGCCCCGGAGCACUAUCAAUGGUUCGCCUCAUAUCUGGUGGAACAGCGUGCAAGACUUGAGCCAAACAACCAGGAAAUGUACUUUCAGUUCGUCAGCAAAUUUGGCGACAACUUGCUUAUGUCUGAGGUGAUCCGCGAAACAUACGUCAGUAUCAACAAGAUGAUGAGCGCUGAAUCCACCAUAAAUUCUGCUACCGAAAGAAGUCACCUGAAGAACCUUGGAGGUUGGCUAGGGUCACUUACUCUGGCACAAGACAAGCCAAUCAAGCACCGCAACAUCUACUUCGUUGAUCUCCUUGUGGAAGGGUAUGACACCCAAAGACUCAUCCUGGUCAUCCCCUUUACAUGCAAAGUCCUGGCGCAGGGUGUGAACUCUCUGGUGUUUGUACCUCCCAAUCCUUGGCUCAUGGAAAUCAUUGGCGUGCUUUUGGAGCUCUAUCAUCACGCCGAACUCAAGCUGAAUCUAAAGUUUGAGAUUGAGGUUCUUUGCAAGGAAUUCAAGCUUGACUUCAAGAAGCUUGAGCCUGCUUUGGUCAUUAGAGAUCGGCCUCAGGCAGAAGACGAUGUAGCCAAUCUUUCGGGACUGCAAGAUGGCGUGGAGAAUUUUGACGAGAUUGGUCUGAACGGCGCAAUGAACAGAGCCGUCCGUGAACGCUUGUCUGCCCCAGAGAUUAUGGCAACUCUUCCAAAUCUCGAGGACGUGCUCAAGUAUCCGCCCACGUCAGGGUCGCCUCAGGAUCAGGCUCUGGUCAAGAACAUCAUUUAUCGCGCAUUCGACCAAGCUAUCCAAGAAAUCAUCGCCCCUGUCGUCGAACGGUCAAUCACAAUAGCAUCAAUUUCCACGGCUCAACUUGUUGCGAAGGACUACGCCCUUGAGCCAGAUGUGGAAAAGUACCGUCUGGCCGCUAGACAGAUGGUCAAGUCGCUCGCUGGCAGUCUUGCCCUUGUCACAUGUAAGGAGCCUCUUCGAAUGAGCAUUUCGAACUACAUUCGUCGUCCCGCUCAAGAGGAUCUGCCCGAACAUCUUCUACCUGAGGGCGCCAUUCUGAUGUGUGUGAACGACAAUCUGGACACAGCAUGUUCUCUUGUCGAGCAAGCUGCCGAACAACGCGCCAUGGCAGAAAUCGACCAAGUCAUUGAAGGUGAUAUGGAAGAACGUCGUCGCUUCCUCGCCGAGGGGGGAAACAGAGAUUUCAUGCCUGCAGGAAUCAAUCGGUGGUCAGCUUGGAUUCCGGAGCCCUAUAAGCAAACCGUCGGCGGUCUAAACGAAGCGCAACGGGCAGUUUAUGAAGAGUUUGACCGUAGAGUGCACGGGAUGAAUGCCAAUCAUCUACCAAAUGCUUCUACCGACACGACUGGCCGACAGAUUCCUGAUAUUUUGCAAGAUCCUCUUGCGAUGCCCAAUCUCUCAACCCCUGCCGACCAGCCUGCUCUUCCUCAUCAAAGCCCAUUAGUGCAACAAGAGAAUCGAAUGCUCUCAGCUAUGCAACAGCCACGCGUCAAUGGCUUUGCUGAGACCAUCCCACCUCAUGAGCGCAUAUCCAUCCUCAUCGAAGACAUCCAGAAGGCGGCAAGAGCAUCAGGAACCACAAGAGUGAAGGAUCUAGAGAAGAACGGCUCGAUCUUCCAGGAUUUUAGGCAAAUCCUGAUCGUCCUUACAACGUCCCAACGCCCAGCAACUGACUUGCUCGCACGUCAAAUCGCGGAAAAAAUUUGCGCCACCUUUACGCAGACGCCCCCGGCAAGCCCGCUCGAGGCUGAGGUCCUAGCAUUCUUGUUAUCCAAACUAUGUCAAUUGUCAGACCUCAUAGUCAGAGAUGUGCUGAGAUGGAUGACAGCUAGUGAGGAGCUCAUUUUGGCCAGCUCGAAUGUGGUAGUGGCACUAAUCACGGUGGGCUUGCUGGAGAUCUCUCGGGUUGACGCCGCUCUCUCAUCCUCCAUCCUGAAUAAAAAUAUGCGAGGGCUCGAGAUCCUGGCAGAGAUCCUCGACCAGACGCUCUUCACUGAUGAGCCAACCGCGCUUCGAGCCGACUUCGCCAAUAGCCUCGUCGCAAUGUCUGCUUGGGUGAAGGAGCAGCCUGAUCUUCUUGUGGCGUCAGAAAUCAGCUCAAAGCUCAAGGCUCACGGCAUGCCUGAAUUCGUGAGCGUUGAAGUCACCGACAAGACCAAAGCGAGGCAAGAUCAGAUGCGCUAUGUGUUCGAUGAAUGGGUCGGAAUCUUCGAGAGCAUCGGUCAAAACGACAGCACAUGCGCUGCUUUCCUAAAGGAACUCCACAAGGAGCAGACUAUCAAUAGUACGGAAGACUUGGCCGAUUUUUUCCGAUUGUGUAUCGACUCAUGCAUUGAAUGCUACGAGCGAGAGGCCCAGAGUCCGAGAGGCAGUGUCGAGGUGGCUUUUGCUCACGUGGAUGCUCUCUCCCGCCUGGUCAUUAUGCUUGUCAAAUUCCAAGGCGAGACAAAUGGCGCGGUCCGACUCAGCAAGGCGCCAUACCUUGAGACCAUUUUGACGGUAAUUGUGCUGGUUUUGAACCACCAUCAAAACAUGCGGGGCGUGGCUUUCCCACAGCGUCUUUUCAACCGCCUGCUGGCAAACCUGCUCUACGAGUACGCUGCUGCUCGAUUGGAUACCACCAGCGACCACGUUGACAUGAUGUCCGCCUUCGCCAAAUGCUUCAAGUCUCUCCAGCCUUCGUGGUUUCCGGGAUUCACCUACGCGUGGUACGGUCUCGUCGUACACCGCGUCUUUGUAGCGGGUAUGCUGAAAUCGAACGAUCAAGCUGGCUGGGAUACGUAUCGAGAGCUCAUCGGACUGCUUCUUCACCACAUCUCCGAAUUGUCCACCACAGCUGGUUUCGAACUGUUGAAUCUCGACCUUUACAAGGGCACGCUAAGGAACAUCCUGGUCCUGCUCCAUGAUUAUCCGGAAUUCCUCUGUCAGAACCAUACCUAUUUCUGCUCACGCAUUAGCUAUGGGAUCCCGCAGCUCAGGAAUCUCAUCCUUACUGCGAAACCGUCGGCGUAUCACGAUCUGCCUGACCCUAUGACGCCUGGUCUGAAGAUCGAACGGCUCGAAGAGAUGAAGAAACAUCCGACCAUGGCGGGCGACUUUGACUUGGCGCUACGACAGGCCGACAUACGGGAUGUCAUGCUGGACGCCAUCCGCAAAUCAGGUGACUAUGAGGUUGCCUUGAAGCAGAUCAAGGCAGCCCUUCUCGAAGGCCAGGUUCGAUCGACGGCUAUGGGACCAGCGAAGAGUGUCGAGAUCAUUAACGCUCUGGUGCCAUUCAUUGGGCAGGAAGCACUGAGCAGCCCGCCCGGUAGAUUCGACGGCAAUUUGGCACCCGUCGUCUUCAUGACCAAGCUCGGGCUCAGCCUGGGCUACGAGGGUCGGUACCAAGUCCUCAAUGCCAUUGCAGACCAGAUCCGGUACCCCAGCACACAUACGGAUUUCUUCUGCAAGCUGAUGCUCCAUCUUUGGGGAUCCGGCAAUGUCGAUGAACAACAGCGCGAACUUCGGGAACAGAUAUCGCGAGUCGUCUACGAACGACUGACCGUUGCCCGUCCUCACGUCUGGGGCAUGACAAUCCUGUUCCUGGAAUUACAGCAGAAUGGCAGUUAUGGAUUCUGGGAGAACCUUGCGCCUGAAGCGAAUAUGCAACAGCGGUUGCAACAAGCGAUGCGAACAGCUCACUAG